UCUUUCCAAUAUGGCUGCCAAUAAGAAAAAGGAAAACAAAACACGUGUAAAAUCUAGUUCAUUAAAAUUAGAAGGAAUAAAAGAACUUGGAGGGACCGAGGAAGAUGUGACACUCUUGCAAGAUGUAGCAGACAGUGGUUCUGGGUCGGAAGCAGAAAGUGUUGCAGAUGAUGUCUCAGAUGAUGAUUCCAUCCAACAGGAUGAGAUUCAGAACUUUUUGAAGCAAUUGGAUAUUGAAAAGCAUAGGCCAAAAGUCAAAGGUUCCAAGAAGGCAGAACAUACCGAGGCUGCAAAUGAGGAUCAAGAACCAUCUACAUCAUCUAACAAGGUGGACAAGAAAGAAAAAAACAAAUACAAGGUUCAGCAUUCUGAAGUAUCAAGCUCAGUGAAGGACCCAGGAGUUGAGUAUAGGGCGCAUGUGCGGGCCUACCAGUCCAGAAAAUACCUGCUUGUGAAACCAGGAGAGUACUUUGAUACAACACAGGCCUCCGAGGGAGAUGGAAACCUGCCUGGACUGCCCAGUGAUUUGACGAGGCAGAUGGAAGAGUUUGCAGCCAAGCUUCUCAGUGAUGAGAUAGACGUCUACAACAAACAGCGAGAAAAUGCCAAGCGUUCAGAUGUGCAGUGGAUGAGGACUGUGCUGACGUCUGGUACACUGGCUGACAAGGUCGCUGCCUUGACCGUGCUGCUACAGGAGUCACCGCUCCACAAUGUCACGUACAUUGACACCCUCCUCAAUAUGGCCCGCAAGAAAAACCGGCGAGAGAACCUUCAGGCCGUCGAUACCCUUAAAGAGCUGUUUCUGACAGACAUAAUGCCCAGCAAUAGGAAGUUGAAAGCAUUUGCCCAGCAUGACCUUACCAGUCUGGGGUCUGCAGCAGGCUGGAACAGAGACGUGAUGGACAAACGUCUGCUGCUGUGGCAGUACGAGGCACAGCUCAAGUUGAAAUACACAGAGUUUGUCAACAUCUUGAAGACCUUAGCCCAUGAUGUGCUUCUGCCCACCAAACAAAAGGCAGUCAGCACCAUUUUUAACAUGCUUGUGGAGAAGCCAGAACAAGAAAAGUUGUUGCUGACCACUCUGAUCAACAAAGUUGGUGACCCACACUACAAACUUGCUGCAACUGUCUCUCAUCUGCUCACUAAACUGGUGGAGACUCACCCCAACAUGAAGACGAUAGUCGUCCGAGAAGUGGAGCAACUUAUCUUUAGACCCAACGUGGCUGAACGGGCUCAGUACUACUCAGUGUGUUUCCUCAAUCAGCUGAGACUGAGUCCCUCCCACAGACAGCUGGCGGCCAAACUCAUCAGCAUCUACUUUGCCUUCUUUAAGGGGUUUGUGAAGAAAGGUGAAGUGGACAGCAAGAUGAUGAGUGCACUGCUGUCAGGGGUCAAUAGAGCAUACCCGUAUGCAAAAUUGGAAGAGAAGGUAUUAUCGGAGCAGUUGGAGCAUCUGUACAAGAUUGUACACAUCGUCAACUUCAAUACCAGCCUACAAGCCCUCAUGUUACUGUACCAGGUGAUGGGAACAAGCGAGAGUAUCUCAGAGCGCUACUACAACGCCCUCUACAGGAAGUUGGUUGACCCGGCCCUUGCGACUUCUUCAAAGCAGGCGGCCUUCCUAAACCUCGUCUUCAAGAGCAUCAAGAUGGACGAAUCAGAGAGGAGGGUCAAGGCGUUUGCGAAACGUCUGCUGCAGGUGUGCAGGUAUCAGCAGCCUCCCUUCACCUGCGGGGCACUGGUGCUCUUGUCUGAGGUGCUGAAGGUGAAGCCAGGAGUGUUGACCCUGACCCACACAGAAGAGGACUCAGAUGACGAGGAGCACUUUGUAGACCAGCCAGCGCCUGACGACCCAGAUCAUACCAUCAAGCCUGAUUCAGACAGCGAUCAAGCCUCCAGUGACGUGGAGCAGACUGAAGCAAAACACAAACCUUCAACCUGGGUGCACAAGAAAAACCUGAACCACAAGACAGAGCGUAUGGACUACGACCCAUACCAUCGCAACCCUGCGUACUGUCAUGCAGAGAAUGCCUGUAUGUGGGAACUGCAGGGUCUCGCUGCACACUUUCACCCGACCGUGGCGCUCUUUGCCCGACAGAUUCUACAGGGUGAGAGCAUAGAAUACCCUGGUGACCCUCUACAGGACUUCACUCUGAUUAGAUUCCUCGAGAGGUUUGUCUUCAAGAACCCAAAAAAGAAACAGCAGGUUGAGGAGAAGUUGGGUGCCCUCUCUAGGGUGAAGUCUGAAGUGAGGGGAAUCAAGACCCUGUCUGUCACCAGUGACACCUUUGCCAACCUGGAAGAGAGAAUAGUCCCUGUUGAUGACGUAUUCCUACACAGAUACUUUCGCCAGAAAUUGUCAAGAAAGACGCCUGCAAGAAAGAGGAUGAUGACAGCGAUGGAGACAGUGUCAGUGAUUCUGAGUUUGACACCUUCCUGGAUAAAUAUGAGGGCAACUUGGACAGUGCUGAUGUUGAUUUUGACAUCGACUUCUCCAGUGAGUUUGGCAAGAAGAAGGGUGAUAGUCUUGAAGAUAGUGAUGAUGAAGAGGAAGAGGCAGAAGAUGAUGAUCUCUCUGAUGAGGAGGUUGACCUUGAUGAUGAUGAACUUGCAAAAGAGUUUCAAGACAUAG